CCUCGGCAUCGGGCCUUCUCACGGCCCACGCCGAGGCCUCCCUUGCACACCAGUUCUCUGCUUCCCUCCUCCAGUCCUCCCCAACCUUUUGCCGCGCCGUCACAUCGCCGCCUCCUCGCCAUGGACACCCCGCCGUCCGCCGCGGCGGCGGCGCCAGACUCUGAUUCCGACUCCACGCUCGUCGCCGAGGUGGCGAACGCGCUUGUGUCGGCGUCCCGCUUGCCGGAGCCGCCGCCCAUCCCCGCCCUCCUCGCCCCCUACCUCCCGCGCCUCGCCGCCUCCCACCACCCGCGCGUGCUGUCCCUCGCCGCCUCCCACCCGGGCCUAGCCUCGCCGGACCUUCUCGUCGCCUAUCGCAACUUCCUCUCGCCGCCCUCCUGCCUCCCCUCCCUCGUCCCGCUCCUCCCCGUCCUCCCCUACCGCCGCCUCCUCCCGCUCCUCCUCUCGUUCGUCCCGCUCGACCCGCUUCGCCACCUCCACCGCCACCUCCUCGCGCACCUCCCCACGAACUCCCUCGCCGAUGCCGCGCUCUCCGCCUACGCCCGCCUACGCCUCCCCCACCACGCCGCCCAGCUCCUCCACUCACUCCGCCGCCGCGGUGGCGUCCGCCCUUCCCUCCAGGCUGCCAACGCCGUCCUCUCCGCGCUUGCGCGCAGUCCCUCCACCUCGCCACGGGCCUCCCUCGAAGUCUUCCGAUCCCUCAUUGCGCUCCGCCUCCACCCCAACCACUACACCUUCAACCUCCUCGUCCACACGCACUGCUCCAAGGGCACCCUCGCCGACGCCCUCACCACGCUCUCCACCAUGCAGGGGUUCGGCCUCUCCCCCGAUGCCGUCACCUACAACACGCUUCUCAACGCGCACUGCCGGAAGGGCAUGCUCGGCGAGGCCCGGGCACUGCUGGCGAGGAUGAAGAGGGACGGGAUCGCUCCCACGCGGGCAACGUACAAUACCCUCGUGUCGGCGUAUGCCAGGCUUGGGUGGAUUAAGCAGGCGACCAAGGUCGUGGAGUCCAUGACAGCCUUCGGGUUCGAGCCCGACCUGAGGACGUACAAUGUGCUCGCCGCGGGGCUGUGCCAGGUGGGGAAGUUAGACGAGGCAUUCCGGUUGAAGGAUGAGAUGGAGCGACUCAGCGCUGUGUUCCCUGAUGUAGUAACUUACAAUACGCUUGUUGAUGCCUGUUUCAAGUGGCGGUGCUCAUCAGAUGCAUUGAGGCUGCUUGAGGAAAUGUCUCAAAAGGGGGUGAAGCUGACUUUGGUCACACAUAACAUUGUUGUGAAGGGUCUUUGCAAGGAAGGUAAAUUAGAGGAGGCGUUGGGGCAGCUGGAGAAGAUUGCAGAGGAAGGGUUGGCGCCAGAUGUAAUCACAUACAAUACGUUGAUUGAUGCGUACUGUAAGGUUGGCAAUGUCGCAAAAGCAUUCGCAUUGAUGGAUGAGAUGGUGAGAAAGGGAGUCAAAAUGGACACCUUCACACUUAACACCGUGCUGUAUAACCUAUGCAAGAUGAAGCGUUACGAAGAUGCUGAGAAGCUCUUGCAUUCACCACCGCAGCGGGGUUUGGUGCCUGAUGAAGUCAGCUAUGGCACUGUAAUGGCUGCCUACUUUAAGGAGUACAGUCCGGAGCCCGCUCUGCGUCUAUGGGAUGAAAUGACUGAGAGGAAGUUGAGACCAAGCAUUUCAACUUACAACACGUUGAUUAAGGGGCUUUGUAGGAUGGAAAGGCUGAAAGAGGCAAUUGACAAGUUAAAUGAGCUCAUGGAGAAGGGUUUGGUCCCUGACGAGACCACGUACAAUAUCAUCAUUCAUGCAUACUGCAAGGAAGGGGACUUAGAAAAUGCCUUUCUGUUCCACAACAAGAUGGUUGAGAAUUCCUUCAAGCCAGAUGUUGUUACCUGCAACACUUUGAUGAAUGGCCUUUGUCUGCAUGGGAAGCUAGAUAAAGCAUUGAAACUCUUUGAAUCAUGGGUAGAGAAAGGGAAGAAGGUUGAUGUUAUCACUUACAAUACCCUAAUUCAAUCUAUGUGCAAAGAUGGAGAUGUUGAUACUGCUUUGCGCUUCUUUGCUGACAUGGAGGUCAGAGGAUUGCAGCCUGAUGCAUUUACUUAUAAUGUUGUGUUAUCUGCACUUUCUGAGGCAGGAAGAUCAGAAGAAGCUCAGAAUAUGCUACAUAAGUUAGUUGAUAGUGGAAAAUUAUCUCAAAGUUUUGCUUCUCCUCUGUUGAAGCCAUCUUCUGUGGUCGAAGCAGAUGUUGCGAAGGAACAUGAGGGUAAACUUGAGGAAGAAUCCAGUGGUAAGGCACAAGAUAAUGUUGAGGAGACAUACACUGAACGCCUAAAUGAGCUAUGUACUGGUGGACAAUUGAAAGAAGCUAAGGCUUUUUUAGAUGAGAUGAUGGAAAAGGGGUUGUCUGUUGACAGUUCAACAUAUAUAACUUUGAUGGAAGGGCUUAUCAAGAGACAGAAAAGGCAAACCCAUGCUGCUUUGCAAUCCCCACUAUAGAUUUUUUGCUGCCCUGGGAUGUGGGCAUGUGGCAUCAUUAGGCUUUAGUCAUAAUUCUAGAAAAUUCAAGUGCUUGGCUACAACGAUGAGCAUCAUGAACAAAAAAAAUAAGUCGUGUUAAGACUGAAUCUCAUGUUGCUCAAUUGGAUAUUUCUAAGACGCAUCUCUCAUCCAGCGACCAUGAUGAUCCUAGAAAAGUUGCUAGGGCACCGCACUUGAACUAUCUCAGGGCCUUCUUCAUUCAGAACCAUCUCAAGAUCUGGAAAUGCCACAUUAAAGAGGAUUUUGCCCUAUACGUGUUUAGGGCAAAAAGGUAGAAAAACCUUUAUGGACAUCAUGGCUUGAAGGGCUACUUUAACCAUAUGUGUAUAUUCUCUUUCUUCUUGUACAUUUUCUUGUACAUAAGCUCCCUUAUAAUGGAAAAGGGAUUUACCGUAGGAAUUGAUUCAUUCAGAUUUCAGAACCAUCUCAGGAUCUCUUAUUCAUUCGGAAACAUAAGAGUCUUGUUAAUUCAGAACCAUCUCAGGAUCGAUCUUAUUCAAUCAGAACCAUCUGAGCGUGAGGAUAACCACGAAAGUUCACUUGUUCCAGCCUCUGGAGCUCCUGGACAUGUUUUGCAAGCGUUAAUAAUGCUACAGGAGAGCCCUGAAGCUCAGGAUAUUGCUGGCUUGCUUCUGAUUAGAACGUUGGAACACUGUAACACGGAAUGAAGAACCUAUGAUGUUUUACAAGACAUAUGAGAGGAGUAAAAGGCCUAUAGGUGCCCGGGCGAUUGUUCAUGCACUGUUUUGUCUCCACCUCACAAAAUUUGAAAGAAGCCAGGCGUAGGACACUGCCGUCUCCAUCCCAUCGCCGGCUUUAUUGGUCAUGAGCGACCCAUGCAAGGGAUUGAGAGGGAAGAUUCCUCCUGUCAGCUCAUGCUCAUCUCCUGUAUGUUUCGUUGUUCUUGCCUUGAUGGCCGGUUUCCUUAUAAGUUUCUUUUCUCGUUUUCUGGAUGUUGCCCUAGAAGUUUACUACAAGUGUACGAGUAUUUCAAUUCGUCUAUGAGUGGUCAACUGGUGACAAGUUGGUGUAGUACUGUAGACUGUAGUAGGGGUGAAGCCAUGUAUACAAGUAUUCUUAUGCUGCUUCUGUGUCGAGCAUUUUCUUUUGUAGCGUGUUUUGGAUGUUCCUGCAAUUAUUCUCGUUGAUUAGAGAAGCAAUGCGGUGAUAUGAAUGAACUACGAACUAAGAAGCUUCGAACUGUUUUUUACAUUGCAUAUUGCUAAAUGCGGAGUAUUUUUAU